ACGUAGAAUCCGUAUACAACUGCAUAUCGAGUAUUGAUCCGGAAUGUCAUCUUCAGAUUACAAAUUUUAUUGGACAUUUUUACAUAUUUUGCAUUCGCACAGUUUACUACAUAUGUAUACACUGAUUAAAUCUAUUGUGUUUUACACUUCAAUUCAACCUGUAAAUCAACCUUUACGACAAACUAUGUUAUAAAAUUUAGUCAGCUUCUGGUGCACUACAGAUUUUUCCUACUUGUGUGUAUUCCAUAACUGAAAAGUGACAGGAUGCACUUUCCCCAAGGGUUUGUUUUCGUACCACUGUUUGUAACAAUCAUUCAGUUUUCAACUGUGAAGAGUUCUAGCCGUUUCAGUACGAUUGAGUACAUUGGUCACACUGCCGUCAAUUUUACAGGAUUUGGUCUACAUAUUCAUGCAUCCACCGAUGACACAAGCGGAUGUAUCGUUCUGGAUCGUCACCUUGUACAGCAAAUGGUUUCCAUCGACACCUUAGGAAAAUGUCUCACCCUUUACACCCACGAAGACUGCAAUGACGAUCCAGAGUUCGAGGAAGCAGAACACAAAGCCUUUUUUGGACGAUACAACAACUUAAAUCAAUUUGGAUGGGCAAAUAAGUCCAGUGCUAUCAGAUUCACGUCACAAUGUGAUUUGGACUAACCUGCAGAUUUAGACAAGCGACUUGAUAAAUUUAAAUAAUUAAAACUUUUUCCACCAAAACGAUUGCAAGGUGAGAAAUUUGAUAAAACUUUGAAUAUUUCUAAAUUCUUGAAAUAAACGACAAGUAGGCACAAAAUAA